CCGGUGGGGGCGGGUCACGCAGAUCGCGAGGCCCGGAGCAGUGCUGGUGGCUGGCGGCUGCGGCGGCGGAGCUGCGGGGCCGGGAGCCGGCGCGGGGCUCUGGGUAAGCGAGGCGCCGCGCAGUGGUGAGCCCGCCGGGAGCCAUGGAAAUCGGCACCGAGAUCAGCCGCAAGAUCCGGAGUGCCAUUAAGGGGAAACUGCAAGAAUUAGGAGCUUAUGUUGAUGAAGAACUUCCUGAUUACAUUAUGGUGAUGGUGGCCAACAAGAAAAGUCAGGACCAAAUGACAGAGGACCUGUCCCUGUUUCUAGGGAACAACACAAUUCGAUUCACCGUAUGGCUUCAUGGUGUGUUAGAUAAACUUCGCUCUGUUACAACUGACCCUUCCAGUCUUAAGUCUUCUGAUACUAACAUCUUUGAUAAUAACGUGUCUUCAAACAAGAGCUGUUUCAGUCGGGGAGAUGAGAGAAGGCAUGAAGCCGCAGUGCCGCCUCUUGCGGUUGCUAGCACUAGACCUGAAAAAAGAGAUUCCAGGGUUUCUACUAGUUCACAGGAGCAAAAAACCACUACUGUCAGACAGACUUACGAUGAUGGAGCUGCAACCCGAUUAAUGUCAACUGUGAAGCCUCUGAGGGAGCCAGCACCCUCUGAAGAUGUGAUUGAUAUUAAGCCAGAACCAGAUGAUCUCAUUGAUGAAGACCUCAAUUUUGUGCAGGAGAAUCCCUUAUCUCAGAAAAAACCUACAGUGACACUUGCAUAUGGUUCUUCUCGCCCUUCUAUUGAAAUUUAUCGACCACCUGCAAGUCGAAAUGCAGAUAGUGGUGCUCAUUUAAACAGGUUGCAAUUUCAGCAGCAGCCAAACAGUAUUCAUGCUGCCAAGCAACCUGAUACACAGAACAGCCGGGUAUAUGAAACAGGACGUUUGUGUGAACCGGAAAUGCUUAACAGCUUAGAAGAGACUUAUAGUCCUUUUUUCAGAAACAACUCAGAAAAAAUGAGUAUUGAGGAAGAAAACUUUCGGAAGAGAAAGUUGCCUGUGGUAAGUUCAGUUGUUAAAGUAAAAAAAUUCAAUCAUGAUGGAGAAGAGGAGGAGGAAGAUGAUGACUGUGGGUCUCGUACAGGAAGCAUCUCCAGCAGUGUGUCAGUGCCAGCAAAGCCUGAAAGGAGACCUUCACUUCCACCUUCUAAACAAGCUAACAAGAAUCUAAUUUUGAAGGCUAUAUCUGAAGCUCAAGAAUCUGUAACAAAAACAACUAACUAUUCUACAGUCUCACAGAAACAGACACUUCCAGUUGCUCCCAGAACUCGAACUUCUCAAGAAGAAUUGCUGGCAGAAAUGGUCCAGGGGCAAAGCAGGACCCCCAGAAUAAGUACCCCCAUUAAAGAAGAGGAAACAAAGGGAGAUAAUACAGAAAAAAGCCAAGGAACUCAACAGAGGCAGUUGUUAUCCCGACUGCAAAUUGACCCAGUAAUGGCAGAAACUUUACAGAUCAGUCAAGAUUACUAUGACAUGGAAUCCAUGGUCCAUGCAGACACAAGAUCAUUUAUUCUGAAGAAGCCAAAGCUGUCUGAGGAAAUAGUAGUGGCACCAAACCAAGAGUCGGGGAUGAAGACCGCAGAUACCCUUCGGGUACUUUCAGGACACCUUAUGCAGACACGAGAUCUUGUACAACCAGAUAAACCUGCAAGUCCCAAGUUUAUAGUGACGCUGGAUGGUGUCCCCAGCCCCCCAGGAUACAUGUCAGAUCAAGAGGAGGACAUGUGCUUUGAAGGAGUGAAACCUGUAAACCAAACUGCAGCCUCAAACAAGGGACUCAGAGGUCUCCUCCACCCACAGCACUUGCAGUUGAUGAGCAGGCAGCUCGAUGACCCAAAUGGUAGCUUUUCAAAUGCUGAGAUGAGUGAACUGAGUGUGGUCCAGAAACCAGAAAAACUUUUGGAGCGUUGCAAGUACUGGCCUGCCUGUAAAAAUGGGGAUGAGUGUGCUUACCAUCAUCCUGUUUCACCUUGCAAAGCCUUCCCCAAUUGUAAAUUUGCUGAAAAAUGUUUGUUUGUUCAUCCAAAUUGUAAAUAUGAUGCAAAAUGUACUAAACCAGAUUGUCCCUUCACUCAUAUGAAUAGAAGAAUUCCAGUACUGCCUCCAAAACCAGCAGUUGCAACACCAGCCUCACCUUCUAGUAGUCAGCUGUGCCGUUAUUUCCCUGCUUGUAAGAAAAUGGAAUGUCCCUUCUAUCAUCCAAAACACUGCAGAUUUAAUACUCAGUGUACAAGACCUGACUGCACAUUUUAUCAUCCCACCAUUACUGUGCCACCACGACAUGCCUUGAAAUGGAUUCGACCUCAAACCAGUGAAUGACAGUCCUACUUGGCAGAAGAUUGUGGAGUUUCCAUCUACUGGCAAAAAUAUUCUGCAGAACUUGUCAAACCUUUGAAACUUGGAAUAUACUGCUUUCAUUAUACGAAGUUUAUUGCCUAUCUGAAGUGUCUAAUUUUUCAAGUUUGUAAGUUUAUUAAGUGGUUUUAACAUUGGCUAUUUUUUGUUGUUUGACUAUGAAAAGACCGUUGAAGGAAAAGCUAAAUUCUAUUAAAGCAUUUGAGGCGUGUUUGUACACUGCUGUUUCAGGUUAGUGUCAGCGCUGGGGCUUCAGUGUUGCUGUGUGUUCAGUGAGAGGGGCAUCCUUACCCUAAAAAGUUGGAUUUUGUUCACUUUUCCCCAAGGAUUAAACAGAGGAGUGGCCAAAAGUGUGGAGACAGCUUAACAAAGUGAAUUUAGUUUGAAAAGCAUGAUAACAACACAGGCUUCUUGGGUUGAGUGCUGCUUUGGUUAGAUGGGUCGGGUAAAAACAGAAUGGCAAAUGCAAAAAAAAAAAAAAAAAUGAACAGUUCCUUAAAAUGCUUUCAUUUACUAUUAACAUACACUUUUUAAAUAAAUAUUCUGGGGCUGCAUUAUCACAAAAUUAUACAAAAGUUUUUUUACAAUGAUAUAUACAGAAGGUAUCAGAAAACAAACCAAACACAAGAUUAUACAUAUAUUCUCACAUUCUGAAAAAGUAACAUUUUCAGAAAUAACCACAGAAAAUUUUUUAAAUGUAAAAAUUAGAUUUAAAUAGUAUAUUUUAAAUGACUAAUUACAGAAAUCAGAUGGGUAAACUGCAAAAACAGGACUAACCUUUCGGACUACUGAAUCAGUACACAGUCUUCUGUGUGUGGUUUUUGAAAUAGUUAAGGCAAGAAGUGUCAGAUGUUUUAGAAUUAAAUAACCAACGGAUCACUGAUCUUAAAGACUUGAUGUACAGCAAUUUUUAAAAAAAUAAAGCUAAAAGUUGGCUAGAACAGAUCAAAUUAAUGCAAAAGAGAUAAAGACUCAAACAUUCUCAGGACCAAAUUAACUAUGUAAAAAAAAAAAGUUCAUUGACUAGUUAUAUACCCGAGAGAUAACAAAACAGCAUGUGUAAAAGUCCAUGUUUAAGAGCAUAAAACCAGCAGUCGUUUUGUGGCCAUUGCUUUUCCAUUGGGAGAAGAAAGAAUUAACCAGUUAUUAAACCAUCUGUAAGUUGCACUUCGCUGUGCCGAUUCCUAAGAAGAACCUUGAAACCACGGACCACGGAAGAGGAAAGACCGUGCCCAGGAUGGCACCAAGUUCUCACCGAGUUGGGCUGCGGUGACAAGACUCCUGAAUUUAAGGCGUUUGUUCAUUCCAGUGCUUAGAUUUCUUCUGCAAAGAUGUAAAGCAUCUUAAGUUGUAUUUCUAGAAAUCUAAACAGACUUUUAGUAUCACGAUUUAUAAAUGGCAUUCAGAAUUCCACUACAAAGAACACAAACGGGAAACAGGGCCUGAGUGGUUUGGUUCAGGCAUUUUACACGUCAAGAACGUGCUAAAAUCGGAUAGUUUUUGCCAUUUAAUAAACACUGCCUGGAAACCCCUUUAAGGGUUUAAUGUUACCUUUCAGCUGCUGUGUUUUACAGGCAAGUUAAGGUUGACUCUAGACCAAGUUGUCCAACACAUGUUUAAAAUGAACCACCAUCAAAAGGCAUUGCAACAAGGGAGGGAACAAGGUGGCUAGUGGAGGGGCAGCAGAUGCAGUGUGCUCUGGCGUGCGCUUAUGUACGGAAACGGGACUGAAGGGGCCAGAAAUCUCAGAUGACAAAUUGAGGAGCUUAGUCAAAUACUGCACACAAAAGUAAUUCUCUGGGUUAAAAAAAAUACAGGGCAGAAUCUUCAUAACCUGUCGUGGUUAUUCACCUUCCCUUGGCUGGAAUAAACAAGGUGGUGGUGGGAGAACUAAAAAUCAACAUGAGUUUUAGUUGUGAAACUGACAACAGUCAUUAAAGCUGGCUUAUCAGGCCGGCCACCUGGAGGAACAAAAAUGCAGCGGGGGCAUUUUUGUCCUAAAUUGUUUGCCUAAGGUUAUGAUUAGCGUUUCUACAUGUACUGUAAUAGAAAUGGAAUUUCUCUUUAGUCAAAAGCUGGGAAGCUUUGGCUCAGAAGGAAAAUUUGAACAGGCUCAAAGAUGGAGGGGGCGAGUGGGGGGAUUGUUCAGGGGAAUUUAAUUUAUUGAAUGGCUCUUUAUAAUAAUAUACAUGGACAGAAAUUUAGUAUAAGUCUAAAAUUGGGCUUAAUUUAGGAGAAUCCAUUGAUGUGAAUAUGAUCUUACGUCUCAAGCUUCUUAAUGCCUUAAUCAGUGCUUCAGACACAGCUACUGUUCAGAGCUUUAAAACUGACCAUGUUCAAUCACUGGUUAGGCUUUUUGUGAUACAGUUCAGCCUACAGUUCUGUUUUCACUAUUUACAAGGUGUUGGGCGUACAAAAUAGGUAUCAGGAAUCUUCAUGUCUGGUCAAACCAGACUGAGAUUUCCAGAAACCUGAAGGGGUCUAUUAUGCUACAAAGAUAAUUAACACAUUAAAAUAAAAUUCAUAGGACCAAUAGAGCAUCUUAAACUUUUUCACACUUAGAAAAAUAUAUUUUUAAAUAGCAAUCUACAUAAUCUCCCAUCUUCGGGAAACUACGGACAGGCUAAACAGCAAAUUCCUGAACGGCAAGUACUGAUCUUUGGCAGCAUUAAAGUGAAUAGGGAUAGAUAAAUAAAUAAGAGUUAAGCCCUAAUCCACCAAAAAGGAAUUUUAAUGGACAAGCUUUACAAGUGGACUUGUAUUCAUUCUUUUUGGAGGUCAGCCUAUGGGGUGGCAUACAUCUAAUAAAUUUUCCAGUAGAGAAAAAAGCUAUAAAAAUUUUAUUUCAAGAGCUUACUAAAUUGUUCGACUUUGUAAAUAAAUGUGACCUUGAACAC